CUGGAGGGACAUCUAUCAACAGCUUCGCUCACUCCUGUCGACUAUUCAAUUCCACCCCUACACCUAUGAACCAGCAUGAGCAUUUCGCCUGAUCUUCGAAAUUAAAACCCACCAGAAUGACCGACUAGCUCAGCGUGAACCAAUACUCCCGUCAUCCAUCACAACCCACCCUGAAUACCUACCAACCACACACCAUCAACAUGGCGCAACCCGCCCGCCACGCCGCGAUGCUAUCCAUUAGCAACAGCGGCCCAAACCUCCCCGCGGCAGCAUCAGCCGACAGACAGCAACCAGCACAGCACAUCCACACGCAAUCCCAAUCAAGCCAGGGCCUGCGCGUGCCGUCAAACCGCAAAACCAUCUAUGACCGACACCUGAACCGCAGCCGCAAUGCGGAGCUCAGCCGGGCUAGCUUCGCCUUUCUGUUCGCGGAGAUGGUGACUUAUGCUCAGAGACGAGUAACAGGGAUUCAAGAUUUAGAACGACGAUUGAACGAACAAGGCUACCCCCUAGGUCUCCGACUCCUCGACCUCCUCUUCUACCGCACCAUGUCCAGUUCCACUUCCUCCGCUCUAUCCAGUUCCUCCUCGACUUCUUCCUCGCCUCCGAAUCGACCCCUCCGCAUCCUUCCCCUCCUUCAUCUCAUCCACGGUCCCCUCUGGCGCCUUCUCUUUAAUCGUCCUGCCGAUGCCCUCGAGCACUCUGUCUCUCCCGAGACGCCUAAUGAAUAUAUGAUUACGGAUAAUGAUCCCCUCGUUAAUACAUAUAUCAGUGUGCCGAAGGAAAUGAGCAUGCUUAAUUGCGCGGCUUUCGUCGCGGGUAUUAUUGAGGGUGUUUGCGAUGGGUGUGGCUUCGAGGCUAAGGUCACCGCUCAUAAUCAGCCCACGGAGAUGUGGCCUGGGAGGACGAUAUUCUUGUUGCGCUUUGGGGAGAGCGUUAUGGAGAGGGAGAAGGUUUUGGAGAGGGCUGGCGUUAAAUAAAUAAAUGGGAUGAGAUUGAUUUAUCCAUUGGCUCUACGGUGUAUGAUCGGCCUUUGUUUUUUAUGCAGCGAUUCUGUUUCAGUAUUAUAGAAUGCGAACGGGUUCUCGUGACGUGUGGUGUUGUGGGCUAGGCUGUUUGGGUGCUGGAAGAGGUACGGUUCAUAUGCGACAGUCGCCAGCAGCAUGCCGAGGAUGUGAGUGCGAUGAGUCCGCGCGGACAUGGACAU